AUGCCAGGGGAAGGUGCAGAUCGAGUAGCCUUUCUAAAGCUGAAAACAAAGGCCAUAUUCAGCAGACUGGAGAGCUUGAUUAACGAGUUGGACGCAGACAGGCUACACAGUAUGGAUGAGUACAGUCUUUCAGCAAUGCUAGAAUCCUUAGGCGAAUUGAAAUCCAGUUUUUCUGCCGCACACACAAGCCUAGAGGAAUUGGACUUCGACUCCAUUGCCAGCGACCUGCCAAGUAACUUCGAUGCUGCUCUAAUCAACCUUAGAGCUACACUGCAACGCGAGAUUGGUAAACGUAGUGCCUCGCAACAUUGCUCCACGCUCAGAAUGAACUCCAGUGAGACCCAAUCAAUCAUUGUGAACGCUAAUAGCUCACGCUUGCCAUUGCUGACACUGCCUAAAUUCAGUGGCGCCUACACCGAGUGGACAAAUUUCUAUUCAAUGUUCACGUCAAUAAUCGACAAGGACAGCGACCUCACCAACAUCGACAAAUUGCAGCAUCUUCGUUCCUGUCUGAGCGGCGCUGCCCUUGACACCGUGCGCUCGCUGGAAAUAAACGACGCUAAUUAUAACACUGCAUUAGAUCUUUUACAAAAGCGCUUCGAUAACAAACGUCUUAUAUUUCAGGCACACGUCAGGGAGAUAUUUGGGCUAGAGAGGGCAGAUUCAAACGUAACCAAGCUACGAGAGCUGACAGAUAAGGUCACAGCACACAUACGCGCAUUGCAGUCGCUCGCAUCCAAUGGGAAGAUCGCAGAUGGCAUCAUCGUACAAUUGGUGAUCCAGAAACUCGACAAAAAGACGCAAGCUAAAUGGGAGGAGAGUUCAUCGAUCAGCGAACUGCCAUCCUGGGAUCAAUUAGCUAUGUUCUUGGAGAAGCGCUGCAGAACACUCGAGAACGUUGAGCAUUCUAUGCAGACACCGACUGGUCAGGCGGUAAAAGCUAACAAGAACGUGAGUACUGGUCAGAGGAAAUCCUUUGUUGCUUCCAACGGCUCAAAAGGUGUUUGUGUGUUUUGUGGAUCUGCCGAGCAUGCAAUUUAUAGCUGUCAACGCUUCGCAAAUUUGUCUCCGAACUUACGCCUGAGGGAAGUUAAGAAGCUUUCCCUUUGUCUUAACUGCCUAAAGACUGGGCAUCAAAUUCGUGACUGCAAAUCCGGAUCGUGCCGCGCCUGUCAGUCGAAACACCACACGCUCUUGCAUUUCGAACGCUCAACUGCAUCGUUAAUCAAUAGUCAAGCCGAAGCUUCGUCGGCAGCUACAGUUCAAUCCAACGCUAUGACUGCAUCGUUAUCUGUGUCGCCUAGUGCCCCAGUAUCUCCUUCUGAUGCUGUGUUCCUAGCUACUGCCGUCGUUCUGGUAAAAAAUCGUGCUGGAAGCCUCGUGCCUUGCAGGGCGCUUUUAGAUUCUGGCUCCCAGUUACACUUUGUCACAACUCGCCUUGCAAACCAAUUGCAGCUUGUAAAAGCAAAAUCUUCUGCUACAGUAUCUGGCAUUGGAGAUGCCAAUUUCUCAACGGAGGGUUACUCAGUCGACCUCGUACUGAAGUCGCGGACUUCAGAUUUCUCAACAAACAUAACAGCUGUUGUUGUGCAAACCAUAACCGACAACCAGCCUGGCUGCUCCGUGAGCACCAACGAGUGGAAUGUUCCGUCGAAUAUACAACUAGCCGAUCCUGGGUUAAACUUACCGCAGCGAAUUGAUCUACUCAUUGGAGCAGCAUUGUUCUUCGAUCUGCUAUGUGUGGGGCAGAUACGCUUGGCAUACGGUUUACCACUCCUUCAGAAAACACGCCUCGGUUGGGUGCUAUCUGGAGGGGGGCAACAAGCUCCAAAACUAUCAUCUUUUGUGUGCGUCAGUUCUGGGAAAUAG